AUGGUCAGAGGACACGCCCCCUACUUCCCUUUCCACAUCGGCACUUCCGCCUCGAGAAAGAAGGCCACGCUCAUGCCCACUCGUUCGCCCCGCCCUCCCCACCGCACCACCGGAAUAGGCCCACUCUCCCAGAGGCCACGCUCCUCCCCGCCGCGCGGGCUGCGCACGUGCUGGCGCGUGCGGACGAAGAUGCGCGCGCCGCGGUGCCGGGCUGUGCUCGCCCUGCUGCGGAGCCGUUACCGCCAAGUGCUGCCACUCGCGGCGUUCGCGCGGCGCCUCGGGCCCGAGGGCCGGCGGCUCGUGCAGCGCGGGGACCCGGCGGCCUUCGUCAAGCUGGUGGCGCGGUGCCUGGUGUGCGUGCCCUGGGGCGCGCGGCCGCCCCCCGCCGCCCCGUCCUUCCGCCAGGAGUCCGGCAUGCCGGAGCUGGUGGCCCGGGUGCUGCAGCGGCUCUGCGAGCGCGGCGCCAGGAACGUGCUGGCCUUCGGCUUCGCGCUGCUGGACGAGGCGCACGGCGGGCCGCCCCUGGCCUUCACGAGCUCGGUGCGCAGCUUCCAGCCCAACACGGCCGCCGAGACGCUGCGCGGGAGCCGCGCGUGGGGCCUGCUGCUCGGCCGCCUGGGCGACGACGUGCUCGCCUACCUGCUGGCUCACUGCGCGCUCUACCUGCUGGUGCCGCCCAGCUGCGCCUACCAGGUGUGCGGGGCGCCGCUCUACGACCUCUGCGCCGGCCCGGAAAGCCUCGGCCAGAAACGGCGUCGGAGUAGCCCGGGAGCGGGCGCCCCUUGGCCCAAGAGGCCCCGAAGCAGCCUGACUCCGCGGGGCGUCGAAGGAGCUGGGUCUGGGGCCGCUGAGCGGCCGAGGACAACGCCUGGCGUGGGCCAGUGCAGGGAGGACUCCUGGCCACUACCGCAAGAUGCCCCGCGGCCCCGACUGUGCGGGGAGAGCAAGCGCUACCUGUACAGCGCGGGCUCCAGAGAGCGUCUGCCCGCCGCCUUCCCGCUUAACGCCCUGCCGCCCACCCUGGCCGGUGCCCGUGCACUGGUGCAGAUGAUCUUCCUAGGCGCGCAGCUCCCCGGGGCGCCCCGCACGCCUCGCCGCCUGCCCCCACGCUACUGGCGAAUGAGGCCGCUGUUCCGAGAGCUGCUGGCGAACCACGCGCGCUGCCCCUACGCCACGUUGCUCCGUGUGCACUGCCCGCUGCCCGCUGUCCCCUCCGAGGACGCCAACGCUGGCCCGAGCCACCUCCUGCAGCUUCUGGAGCAGCACAGCCCACCCUGGCAGGUGUGCAAGCUUCUGCGGGCCUGUCUGCGCCAUCUGGUGCCCACCCCCCUCUGGGGCUCCCGCCACAACCAGCUCCGCUUCCUGCGCACCGUCAAGAAGUUCGUGUUUCUGGGCAAGUACGCUCGUCUGUCUGCUCAGGAGCUGAUGUGGAAGAUGAGGGUACGAGACUGUGAAUGGCUGCGGGCCAGCUCAGGGUCGAGCUGUGUCUCUGCGGCUGAGCACCGGCGCCGGGAGGCCAUUCUUGCGGGCCUAUUGGCCUGGCUGCUGGACACAUAUGUGGUGGGGCUGCUCAGGGCCUUCUUCUAUGUCACAGAGACCACAACUCAGAAAAACAAGCUCUUUUUCUACCGGAAGAGCGUGUGGAGCAAGCUGCAGCACAUUGGCAUGAGGGAGCACUUUGCUCGGGCGCGGUUGCGGAGGAUGUCAGAUGCAGAGGUUAGGCUGUACCAGGCGGCCAGGCCCUCCCUGUCCGUGUCCAGGCUGCGCUUUCUACCCAAGGCCCAUGGGCUGCGGCCCAUCAUCAGCACUGGCAAUGUGGUGGGUGCCAGGGAACUCAGUCUGGAUUCCAGAGGCCCACAUCUUGCCUCGCAGAUCAGGACGCUCUUUGGGGUGCUCAAUUAUGAGCGUUUACACCACCCCAGGCUCUUGGGGGCUUCUGUGCUGGGCCUGGAUGACAUCCUCAGGGCCUGGCGGGACUUUGCCCAGCGCCAGCGGGCCCACGACCCCAUGCCCCAGUUGUGGUUUGUGAAGGUGGACGUGACCGGGGCCUACGACACGCUCCCCCAGGACAAGCUAUUGCAGGUGGUGGCCAAGGCACUGAGUGCCUGGGAUACCUACUGUGAGCGCCGAUAUGCUGUGGUCUGGGGGGCCCCCCACGGCCAUGCCAGCAUGGCUUUCAAGACACACGUAUCCACGCUGGCCGACCUGCAACCCUACCUCAGCCAAUUCGUGCAACAGCUACAAGGUGCAGGCUCCCUGCAUGACGCUGUGCUGGUGGAACAGAGCUUCUCUCUGAAUGAAGAGGGCCGUGACCUCUUCAGCCUCUUCCAGCGCCUGCUGCGGAACCAUGUCAUCAGGAUUGGGGACAAGUUCUAUGUGCAGUGCCAGGGCAUCCCCCAGGGCUCCAUCCUAUCCACUCUGCUCUGCAGCCUCUGCUAUGGCCACAUGGAGGAGCAACUGUUUCCCUGGAUCCAGCAGGAUGGGCUGCUUCUGCGCUUGGUGGAUGACUUCUUGCUUGUCACUCCACACCUGACCCAGGCCAAGGCUUUUCUCAGGACACUGGUGCACGGUGUGCCUGAGUAUGGGUGUACUGCCAACCUGCUGAAGACGGUGGUGAACUUCCCCGUGUUGGAGGGAGAGCUGGGGGCUCAGAGCCCCCGUCAGCUGCCCACCCAUUGCCUAUUCCCCUGGUGUGGCCUACUUCUGGACACUCGAAGCCUGGAGGUGCGCUGCGACUACUCCAGUUACGCCCAGACGUCCAUCUGUUCCAGCCUCACCUUCUCCCAGGGCCAUAAGCCUGGCAGGAACAUGCGGCGCAAACUCCUCCGGGUACAGUGUCUGCGGAGCCAUGGGCUCUUUUUGGACCUACAGGUGAACUCGCUGCCUACUGUCUACACCAACCUCUACAAGAUCUUCCUGCUACAGGCCUACAGGUUCCAUGCCUGCAUCCUGCAGCUCCCGUUUGACCAGCCUGUCUGCCGGAACCCUACCUUCUUCCUCCGGCUUUUGGGGGACAUGGCCAUCUGUGGCCAUAGGCUCCUGUGUGCACGGAACCCAGGGGUAUCUCUGGGGGCGCCAGGUGCCUUGGGCUCGUUUCCCCGGGAAGCCACACAGUGGCUGUUUAUGCAGGCCUUCCUGCUUAAGCUGAGUUGCCACCCAGCCACUUACCGCCGCCUGCUGGGGCCACUUCGCUCAGCCAGAAAGCUGCUGUGCCAGCAGCUCCCACGGACCACACUCACUGCCCUGGAAGCGGCGUCUUGCCCAGCCCUGAGCGCAGACUUCAGGGCCAUCCUGGACUGAACCUCACUGCCUGCCAUGGAGACGCGGCACCCCUCGGUUCCUUUAUCAUUCCCUUAGUAUGGGCGUGAGUAAGCCCAGGAUGUCAGGCUGCACUGCUGAAUCACCUUCCUAUCACCUGCAUCCUGGCCCUAUCUGUGCUCCAGGGCAGUCCUCACUUCCCUGACCAAAGGCCUCCAUGGAGCUGCACUCCAUCCUAGUGUCCCUAAUACAUCCUGGACUCCUGA